AUGGCAACUUCCACUAGUAACUUUGUCCCACUAGAGUCUCGAAGCAGUACCGCAGUUCCAUCAUUAUUGAAGGACCAAUAUGUUGUUGAAGGAGAUGAUGACGAUAUUACAGCCAGAGAACAAUCUGAAACUCCAUUACCAAUUCAAAAUAACAAACAAAUAAAAUUAAAGGUAAGAAACAUUGAUAUUAUUAAAUAUUUAAUUGGAACAAUCGCCGGAAAAGAUAAAAUUGCUAAAUUUUUAAAGUGUAUACUAGAUAUCAUCAAGAAAGUAAGCUUAUUGUUUCCAAUGAAAUUUUACAAUGUCGAUACAAGGAGUUUAGCAACCAUCGCAAGCCAAUUGUCUUUAUUCAGAGCAAUUAUGAGAUUUGGGUCAGCUCCUUUUACUAUUGGUUCAUUAAUAAACAUGAUAUCACACAAUAAAAAUUUAUUGAAAACCCCUUCAGUUGUAUUUAACCCUUCAAUUUUGGAAAGUAUUAUUAACGUGUACUUUACUAUAUUUGAUGAGUUAUCACUGUUAAGCAAAUUGAAUAUAAUCAAAAAUAAAAACCUUCGUGAAAGAAUUUCAAGAAAUGACACUUUAGCUACAGAGAUUGAUUCGAUAUUUAGCUUACAAAAAGCUUGUAUAUCCUAUAGGAAAAAUAGAAUUCAAAGGAAUAAGAAAAACGAUAUAAUGGCCAAGAUCGAUAUUGCUCGUUUCACAAUGGAACUGAUCUCAAACACCCCAGAUUUACUUCUAAUCAGAUCACCUCGCAUUGAAAGAAUAGUUUCAUUAUUUUCGUCUAUUUGUUCUACAAUUUCGGCUAUUUUAAAUUUAGUGAGGUUAUGGAUUCUUGCUAAGGAUCAACUUUCUGUUAAAUUGUGA